UACAUUUUAGGUUGAAAUAGAAUGAGCAAAAUGGCACAAGAAGAGGAUACCAACUCAACACUUUUUUAUGCCCGAAAUGAAUAUUACAUUGGAAACUUCAUGGGCUCGGUCAACUUUGUGCUUCCUGAACAGGGAGCAGCUGGUUCGGAACUAUUAUCCUAUAUGUAUUUGUCCUAUCUGGCCAUUGAUUCAGGCAGACUAAUAGCAAGUGAUAUCAAGGAGAACAACAACACACCACUUCUGGCUUUGCGCUACAUACAUGAAGCCUUUGAGCAACCUGAUAAAAUCGAAGACAUUUUAAAUAAACUAACAGAUAAGGUAGCAGGCGAAGAAGAUGAAACUAACAUAUGGCAUAUAGCUACAGCUAUUGUGUACUGCUACGAUGAGCAGUUCGAGAAUGCACUUAAAAUUCUACAUGGAUCAACUAAUUUGGAAUCGAUGGCUUUGUCGGUGCAAUGCCUGUUGCGAUUGAAUCGUAUUGACCUUGCGAAACAGUUGGUGGGCAAGAUGCAAGAAAUCUCCGAUGAUCACACGCUGACCCAGCUGGCUCAAGCAUGGGUAGCAUUAUCGACAGGCACCGAGUCUAUGCAAGACGCAUUCCAUAUCUAUCAGGAAUUUUGUGAAAAAUACAAACCCACACCUUUGCUAUUAAACGGACAAGCUGUAGUUCAUUUGGGAUUGGAAAGGUACGAAGAAGCUGAAGCGGUAUUACGCGAAGCCUUGACCAAAAAACACAACGAUUAUGACACAUUAAUAAAUAUGAUGGUGUUGUCACAUUUGACCGGAAAAUCUCAAGAAACCAUUCAACGUUAUUGGGAACAGUUACGCCAAUUCUAUCCCAAAAGCCAAUUCGUUAAAAAUUUCGAUAAGAAAUCUGAAGAAUUUGAUAAGUUAUGUCUGAAGUAUUCCAUAGAAGGUACUGCCUAAGCUUAAAACUAAUAUAAAAUUUUAUGAACAUAUAUAUACAUAU